AUGGAUGAAUAUGAGAUCAAUAUCAAAAAGGCACCUAGCAAAAAGGAGAUCGAGCUUAGAUUGUUAGAGGAGGGUAACGCCCGCAAUGCAGCACCCUCUCGCAGAUCUGUGGCGACAUGGAUAUCAACAGGGUUAGCAAUUGAAGAGGCUCAGAUUGCAUUGCUCAUUGAGGUCCGAAGGAUCGGAAGAAGAUCCACCGAGACACAGAGAUUAGACAUCGCCCGUCAAAGAGAUCGGCUCCAAGGCCAGAUAGAUGGAUUUGCUCGGUCUGCUCUAACACAUCUCGGGGAGGGAUUUGAUGCAGAUGAUGAACCUGAAGACUUGGACGUAGACAUUCUAGAUGAUCUCGAUGAUGACCUGGCGGAUUUCACAGAGACAUCUCACACAUGGACAAACUCUCCCGAGCUAACUGUAAUCCCAUUGCCAUCAAACCUGGGGGUUGACAGAUGCAGACGAUGCAUGGCAGAGGAUCUGAUUCCCCUGGAGAUGUCGCUUCGUGAAGGGCAGGCCAAUGAUGCCCUUCACAAUCUCCGCAUUUACCUUUGCAACAAGGCCAUCCUGUUCCGAACAACCGUUAGGCAGGCCAAUUCCCAGGCCCUGAAAACUCGAGCUUGGUCCCAGGUAACGUCGGUGCAGCAGGCAGUCUCCCUCCAUGCCAGCAUAUAUACAAAGACAAGGAAGCAAAUGAUGAAACUUGAGCCGGGGCAAGACCAGCUUCAGAAAUACAAACCCCUGCUUCGCGAGCAACUCAAAAUCAGCACUGCAGUGGGCGACCCAAAUGCCCGAGGUCAACAAAAUGAAUCUUUGGCUUGGUUUUGGUCUGUUGAAGUCGACCUCGGGGGUCCUGAUCAAUCGUGGAAUGAAGAAUUUUACCGAGUCCAUUGGCUGAGGGCAAAGGCACUACGGGAUCGAUGGAGGGAAGAAAUGCUAUUGGUCACAUUCGAGAUGGAUUGGACAUGUAAGUUCUUUUUGUGGAAAACAACCAUAUGGGGCGAGCACAUGCAGGAAUCAUUGGAGAAACGACUUCUGGGUCACGGAUGCUACGCCGGAAGGCAAUCCCACAUGUAUUCAUUGCUGGCACAGGAUGCGCAGGCAGCUUUUCAAGACCUACAAAAUGUGUUGAUAGAGGCUGGAGAUGAAUGA